AUGUUGAAAAGAAAUAAAGCAAAUGUUAUAAAUAAUACUGAAGUAGCUGAAUUUGAACAAACUCCGACACCAUCACAAACAACACCUUCAAUGACUCCUGAACCUAUGAAAGUACAAACUCCUGUUCAAAAGUCAACUCCUAAACCGACUCCAACAUUUAAACCAGAACCUACUCCUCAAAUAAAUCGUAAAACUCCUGCGUUUCCUUACUGA